AUGGCGAACAAGCGGCAGCCCGUGGGUCUUUGGGCAUCAGUGGUUGAAAUCCAACACGCACCACCUGUGGAGGACCGGGCCCUCGCUUGCGUGGUGGUGUUCUGGCACGAAGAGAAGGCAGAGCCUGCCUAUCAAAUCUACACGGGCCGGCUGUUCGGGCUGCCUUUGGCAGUUACUUCUCUCAACCGCUACAGCCGGUUUGUCGACGCUGCAGGGAGGAGGCUGGUUUGGGCCCUCAUCUCGGCAUAUUUCCGUGAUUCCCGCAUUUCGGACUGGGCUUCCUCUCAAGGAUCCGGCCAAUGGGCAUUCCGGACACUCACGUUCUUUGUUUGGGAGCGGCUGGUGCAGAAGGUCCAGGACAUGGUCAAGAGCAUCACACAAUCCCGAGCGUUGCGCUCAGGCAACGCUUCCAAACUCUAUGGCAUGCUUAACUUCUUGGAGUCGGGCAUGUUUGGCCGGGCUGGCGCAGGAGUGUUGCAGGCCAUCAAAAACUGCCAGCUACAGCGUGGUGAGCACUUGACACCGGAGUUGGAGGAGAGCUUGAACGUCAUCCAAGCAAUAUUGUUGGCAGCGAACGACGCGGCCGAAGAGGAGUCAGGGAAGGGCUCUGGUGGCUUCCACUUGAUUUUCCUAGAUGCCCAGCAGGUGCGGCAAAGCUUUGUUGUUGUCAUCGGCCUCGGUGGCUGUCAGUACUUUCUGUCAUUGUCCCGCAUGGAAGAGGUUCACGUGCAUCUCCAGCGAACAUCUCGCCUGGAAGAGUAUGCUGAGAACGCGAAAGGAGAAGACAAAGCGUGGCAAAACAUGAUGAAGUUUGCUGGGGAGGAGGCAGAGCCAGAAAGCGGUUCCGUUCUGAUGUUGUACAAGGCAUGGAAUGUCAGCAGCCUCUCUGUGGAGCCGGUGGAAGAGGACACGGGUAGUUUAACGCUGAUCUUUGACGGGCCGGAGGGCGGCGGCUCCCUGCAGGCCGGUGAGAGUUUUUCCGACAUGGACGAAUACGUGCUGCGUCGGAUUCGCCUCUCUCUGCCAAGUGAGCAUACGCUGCUCAACCGACGCUUGCCAUUGGAGGUGCAGUUCUGGCAUGAACCGGCUGUUCAUCGAGACAUCAGCAGGCUGAUCAUGGAGAGAUCCAAGGUGCAGCAGAUGUUGCAGAGGUUCCACGGCCUCAUACAUGACUGGCAGUUCCAGUUGAAGCGGCUAGAGGAUCCGUCUUCAAAGAACGCUUCUUUCCCGAACUUGCAAACAGAACGGGACUGGGCCGAGGCUGUGCGCCGCGAUAGCAUUCAGGAUGGCCAGUCUCUGAUGGACCACGUAAGUGAUCUGCAUCGUCAGAUUGCCAGGAUUGAUGAACAAGUCGAGCUGUUGAAUGAAAGGCUGCAUCGGCCGCAGUCAGCCCGCAUGGUCGCGCUUUCGCUUCUGUAUUCUGCCCCACAUGAUGCAGUGCUGGCAGCAGCAUCAGGUCGAUUCUUGCGCUGGUUGACAGCUGCUGUGAAGCACAAGAAGGAAAAAAAGAAGCCUGAAAGUGGAAACAAGGCCUUGAAAGCGCAAGUGCAGCAGCUUCAGCAGCGCUUACACGAAAUGCAAGCCGAACAAAACGUCCACUUAGAAGGCACAGCUGCUGAGCGCCGGGUGCAGAGUGUUGAAGUGGAUGGGGAAGAUCAAGCUCAGGUAUUUCACUUCGAGGAGUUUCGCACAUUUGGCAAGGACUCUGUUCGAGCUCUUCCCUUGACAGCGCUGGCCUAUGACGGUAGCUUCACAAGGCCUCCCUGUACGCCGGUUGUGCGUUGGUACCUUGUCAGCGAACCACAGGCGGCCACGGCCAAGGAGAUCUUGAGCCUGGCUGCAUCUGUGUUAGGCCAGCCGCGCCAUGACCGGGCGUGUGAGGAAGUUGAAGGCUUGGAGGUGUGCAGUCCUGGCAUUGGCCCAUCGAAUGGGGUGUGGUGGAAUGGCCCGAUCAAGCAGAUCCCCGAGUCUGGCACCACCUUUCCCGACAAACUCAUGCGUACAGUGUCUUUGGGUUUCGGCUCCUUCCACAAGCCCAAAGAGACACAUCUCAGCUCGCAGCUGGUGUCACGGCUCCCCUGGCUCUACGUUCAGGCAUGCUGUGCCGUCCUCCUGUUGUGUUCCAUCGCCAUGCUUGGGGCCACCUGCUCCAUGUGGUCUCACCAAUGUUGUGAUAUUUGA